CUGCGCUGGGCUCUGCCCGCCCGCCGCGCCUGUGGGAGCCCGGAGCGGGGCAGCCGAGGAGAACGGCGUUUCCGCCGUCUGGGCUCGCCCUGGGGCGCUCCCUCGGCCGGGCCGGGGGAGGGCUGCGUGCGCGGGGAGCCUGUCUGGCCGCGGCGGUGCUGUGGAUCUUGACCUGUGCUCCUUCUUGUCAGGCUCCGGCUGAUCCGCAGGGACGAGAGCGAGCUAGGUUAGCGGCUUGGCUUUGCCGGCUGUCCUCCUCGCUGGAAGGCCCAGCGUUUUGUUGAUCUCGGUGAAGCUACGAGCGGCGGAUGCUCGAAGAGCAAAGCCCAUUUCAAUUUGAAGAUCAAAUCAUAACGCAAGAUCAGUCUGUAGUAUUACUGCAUCCCCUAUUUGUGUAGAACACUGCUGCUUUCUGUGCUGUCAAUGAAAUAGUUACAUGGGGCUCCAUAUGCUACGAAGGUUUCUCUAUCUGAUGGAUCCAACAGAAACGAAACUAACAUAGGGCCGGUGCUGUACUGAGUGGCUGUGCCAACAGGGAGAUGCCUACGUAACACACGUUGCCAGCAAUUGUACUAAAUACUUCACUGCUGAACCAGUUGCUCAGGUACCCUGCCUGUCUUUGUUGCUAUGGGAGAUUGGAAGACUAUUACUGUGCCAGUGCUGUCAUCAGAUAGCAAAAAUAUCUUUCAAUAUACCUCAGAAAAAAAGAUAUCUCCCCCAAGCAUGAACUCACAAGUGCUACGCUUGCCACUGCCUUCAUCCAAAAGCAUGCACAGCUUUUUCAGUGCCUUCUGCACAGAAGAGAAUAUUGAGCAGAGUAUAUCGUAUCUCAACAGGGAAUUGACAACAUUGGGCUUUCCUUCUAUUUAUGCGGAGUCCAAAGGAAAAGAAUUAAAUUUAAUAUCUAUCAUAAAUUGCAUGAAUGAAUUGCUUGUACUGCAGCACAAGAACCUUCGAGCUCAGGAAGAAGUAGAAAUGCAGCAUCUGAAACUGGGUAGUGAUAUGGAUCACUUACAGAACUGCUAUGCUAAAUUAAAGGAACAGUUGGAAUUAUCUAAAAGGGAAAUAGUUGGACUUCAGGAAAGAGACAGACAACUGCAAAGCAAGAACAGAAAUUUGCACCAGUUACUUAAAAAUGAGAAGGAUGAAGUACAGAAGUUACAGAACAUAAUUUCAAGUCGAGCUACACAGUACAAUCAUGAUAUGAAGAGGAAAGAAAGAGAAUAUAACAAAUUAAAGGAACGCUUACAUCAACUAGUCAUGAACAAAAAGGACAAAAAGAUAGCUAUGGAAGUUCUAAAUUAUGUUGGUAGAGCUGAUGGGAAGAGAGGUGCAUGGAGGACUGAUAAGACAGAAGCCAGAAAUGAAGAAGAAAUGUACAAAGUUCUGUUAAGUGAUUAUGAACAACGCCAAAACCAGCUUUUAGUGGAAAAUGCUGAGCUGAAAAAAGUUCUUCAGCAAAUGAAGAAAGAGAUUAUUUCACUUCUCCCACCCCAGAAACAGAAACCUAAAGAAAGGCCUGAAGAUGGGCCAGUGCUGUCAGACCUGGAGGAAGAUAUUGGAGAGUUAAAUAAAGAGAAUAUGUGGGAACUGUCUUGUGAAACUGUGCGAGAGCAGCUUACCAACAGCAUUAGAAAACAAUGGAGAAUGCUGAAAAAUCAUGUUGAAAAGUUAGAUAACCAAGUGUCACGUGUGCAUUCAGGAGCUUUGAAUGAAAAAGAUGUCAUUUCAAGAGAAGACCAUGAGCUGGAAACUGAAAAGCUAGAGUUAGAGAUUCAGCAAUGUAAAGAAAUGAUCAAAACUCAGCAACAGCUCUUACAGCAGCAGCUUAUGUCUCCAUGUGAUGAUGACACCACUCUAUUACUACAGGACUGCUAUUUGUUGGAAGAAAGAGAGCGUCUUCAGGAAGAAUGGAGACUAUUUCGAGAACAAAAAAAGAAUUUUGAGAAGGAACGAAGAAGUUUUACAGAAGCUGCUAUUAGAUUAGGACUUGAGAGAAAGGCAUUUGAAGAAGAUAGAGGAGCGUGGCUGAAGCAACAGUUCUUAAGUAUGUCUACUGAUUACAAGCACUCUGAAAAUGUGACAACUCCAAGUGCCUUCUUAGGAAGUUCUGACCAAGACAAUCAGUUAGUGAAAUCUGCGUCUCAGCAAAGAAAACCUUACUGUACGUUGAGUGGUCCUGUUUCAGCAGAACCUUGCCAGACAUCUCAGUAUAUUACACGUAACAGUUCCACUGCUGCAUCAACAAAACCUGCUGGAGAUAGCAAGCCAAAUCAGUGGGUGGAAAGUGACAAAGAGGAAACAGAGUAAUGCACAAAGUCAUGGGAGGACUCCAGAGCUGGCACUCUGCUAUGUAGAAACUUGCACAUAGAACAUCUGCCUUAGACUUCCUAGGGUUGCCUGCUGGGUUUUUUGUUUAGAGAUUUGUUCAUAAACUUAUCAUUCUAAAGUAAAACAGAAUGCUGUGAGUUUGAUUAUUCUUCUAGAGGAUUAUGUGGUGAUCUGAAUUGUGGCGUGUGUGUGUGUAUGUGCGUGGACAUGGCUUUUAUUUUUUAGACCAUUUUUUGCCUCUUUCUUGCAACUCUUGAAAGAAAAUAAUUUAAAAAUAUAUAAAAGCUUUGAUAUUUUUCUAGUAACAAGCUCUGAUUCUGUGAAUGAAGCAAUGGUCUGAAACUUUGACUGUAAUGAAAUAUUGGAUCCUAAUGUUACCUUUUAUCACAGGCAGAGAUAGCACUUUUAGAAAUCGUCUAAUUAUUGGAAACAUUCAUUUAUGUCUCAAGUGUAACUGGCAUUAAAACUUCUUUUGCCUCAACUUGAAUGUACAGUAUACUGUAGAUUUUUAACAAAACAGGUUCUAUAUUUAUUGUGUGAUUUGAAAAUACCUCUUUGAUAUUUCAGAUGACUUAAAGUGCAAAAUCUUUAUAUAUUUGUAAAUAGACAAAGUGAUUAUGCUGAGAAACCAUGAAAUGAAACACACGCAUACAUAAUAUUAUUUUACAUGGCGUUUUAAAUUGUUUUAUAGUGAUACUCAGUUUACAGAUGCAUUAGGACUUUCAGUGGUUCAGUCAGGAACCAAAUUAUUUCAAAUGUGAACAAUAAAUGUGUAUUCUAUUCUAAGAAA